AUGUUGCUGCUCAGAUGUAUGAAUUGCCGGCAGAGACGAUCGUAUUGUUCCAAAGAGAAGCCGACUUGUUCGAGAUGUCGUGAUGCGCGACUUACGUGCAUCUACGAGGGGGCCAGGAAGAUUCUUGUGAACGAGUCGUAUCUGCGUGAGCUUGAAGCGAAAGCAAGGGCUUUAGACAGUAUGCAGCCAGGCACUUCGGCCGCUGCGCAUCGCCACCGCAACAAUGACGAAGAUGACGAUUUCGAGGAUGAGCAGCCGCUGCUUGAGCCUUUUACUCAGCUCAGUCUCGACAAUGUCUCUACGAGUAAGUUUUUUUGCUUCCAAGGUCCUGCAUCGGCAGACAACUUCCUCCGCAAUGUGAGAAAGCUAUCCGGCUUCCAAGGUGACGACGGGAGCCUCGAUCUAGUCUCCAACUUUUAUGAGCCCGACGCUCUGCCAUCGAGGCGACAAGUCGUGUUUGGCAUACGCUCGCGAUUGCCACCCAUUGACAUGGCACGGAGGCUCUUUGCAGCCCAGUACAUGUACAUUGGCACUAUCUUUGCCUUUACAGAUCCCCGGGAGUCGUUUGAGCGCUUGCUCCUCGAGGCAUACAGCGGAUUGCCGGAUCCUGCUGACAAGACUGCGUGCUUGGAGUAUGCCAAGGUGCUCAUUGUGCUCGCCUUUGGGCAGUUGUAUUCGGUGAAUCAGUGGGUAGACUUUCGAGGACCGCCGGGCUUUGAUUACUUUCGAGACGCGCUCAACCUCCUCCCCGAGACCCAUGAGGAGGGCUCUAUCCUGUGUGUUGAGACUCUGGCCCUUGCGGGCUACUUCAUGCAGAACAUGAAUCGUCGGGAUGCUGCGUUUCAGUACAUCGGCAAGGCUUUGCGCAUGGCCAUUUCGCUUGGCUUGCAUCAAGAGGUCAGCCCUCAGUACAGCUCACAGCAGGGCCCGAUCCUGGACAAGGCCGAGAGGGAGCAUCGGCGACGAGUCUGGUGGUCCAUCUACAGCCUGGACAGAAUCCUCUGCGUCAAGUCCGGCAACCCCAUCACCAUCCAAGACGAAGACAUUGGCGUGGACCUGCCGUCGCCACUACCAGGAGACCCCAAGUAUUGCCCUGCUGUUGUGCUGCGCCAUUACACCGAGUUGUCUCGCAUCCUCGGCCAGAUUCACAUGACCAUCUACCGCCGAUCGAACAAGGCUGCGCCCAAGUCCGGCAAGAGCCUCAUGGCGUCGGUGCAGAGCAUCAUCUUCUCGCUGUCCAAGUGGAAUCGCGAGCUGCCCGAUGAGCUGCGCUUCGACCCUUCGCAGCUGACGUUUAGCCGCGAGAGCGUGGGCGCCUUUGCGCACUACUAUCAGUGCAUCAACAUGACGGCCAGGCCGCUGCUCUUCCACGUCGUGCAGAAGCGUCUCAAGGCCAUUCGGAGCGGUGAUGGGGCGGCGGAGAAGGAGCGCGACUGGAAGGAAGGGCUUUCGCAGACGACGGUGAGAGUCAUCGACAUGUGUAUUGGGGCCGCGCAGGAUGUCAUCAACAUGAUGGCCAUUGUAGCGCAGCACGACAUGGUUGCAACAUACGGUUACAUGGAUGGGGAGCACAUCUUCUCUGCCACCAUUGUGCUCGUCAUGGUCUGCGCGGCGUUUCCUGACAAUGCUGCGAACAACUUGGCCAUGGAAGCCGGACUUGGCUUGCUGCGGAACAUGGGCGAGCGCGGCAACAGCCAUAUGGGUGCUCGAUACGAGCUGCUGGCCAACAUCCACUCGGGCUCAAGCCUUGCGUCUCCCACCGCGCCU